AUGGCUCAGCACAACCACGAUGGAUUCGCAUUUCCCCAUCCACUCAAUUUAGGAGAAGGGUUUACACACAUGUCCCAAGCCGGGCCAGAGAGGACCUUGAAACCCACUCGGAGGCCGCAGCAGAGCACAUUGUCUUUGCUCAACGCCAGAAUGGACGGCAUGGAUGCCAGGCUCGAUAAUCUAAGGAAGGCAGUGGGAGGUCUCAAGGAAUCAAUGGCCCCUCUUCUCUCCAAGGCCGAAUUCGAGAGCGCCAUAGAGGAGUGGGAGUACGGGAUCGCUACUGCAAACUUCAAGACCCACACCGAGCUGCAAAACCUCAACAAGCUUCUCGUUGGCUCUAUGGAUCUACAAAUGGACGAACGGGGCAUGGUCUCGGCUCAGGUCUUGGAACGAUUGCAAAAUAAUCUACUCAGGCGUUUCGACAAAGUAGAACGAUGCCUUGGAGAGUCUCCUUCCUUGCCAGAUCAAGGGUACGAUAGUUACGACAUUCUCGAGGAGCGGGUCAUCGAACUCGAAGAGCAACUCCGCGCGGAAAAGGCGGAAAACAAAGAGGUCCUCAAGCGAAUUGAAGAUCUUAUUUUUACUUCGGAAAGUGCCCGUCAAGAAUCUCACGCAAUGAUGAUGGGUCGCUUGACAUACUCGGACUCUCUUUUAAAGUACAUAGUCCAAACGGCACCGGCUCGAAGCAACCAGCCAACUCAGACCCGACUUCCUCCUCCCAGUAGCUUUGUCCCUCCCCAGACUGGCAUCUCCUACGACACGGCGUACGGCUUGCAUUCUCAGGCUCAGGCCCAAGAGCCUCGUCCGCUUCCGCCUGUCCCGGUCCAGGCAUCGCAAGCAAACGCAGUGUUUGCCAACUACUCUCGCCCUUUCACCGCUCAAUAUGUAACUCCUAUCCCCGGAACCAACCUUCCGCCGGCUACACAGUCUGUCUCUGAGGCUGUUUGGUCACUCCCCAUUGAUCCAAAAGCUUAUGCUUCGGUCAGGUCGAAUCCGGCCAAUCCCGAGUCUGUCCCUACUUCGUCCACCCUUGACUCUCCGGUGCCAGCGAUCGCAGUAAGCAAGCCUGCUGGCGUGGUACCCGCUGCUAUUGCGCCUACCCCUCAGGCUCACGAGACGACCUCUGCUUCUCCUGCUAGUCCCCAGCCGACAACGAUGCCCGGGAAGACAAUUCCGCUCCCAGCCAUACCUGUGCACAAGCCUACCAGUAUGGAACCUCUUGGAUGGCCACAUGCCCCUCACUUGUACGCGCGAAAGGUGAUGCCUGCUUAUGCUUCUCUUUUCGAUCCGAUGCCCCCUGGGCUCCCUGCCGCCAGUGAGCUGCAAUCUCAAACGGAGGACAAAGCGGACGAGGUCAUGAAGGAUGGGGCGGCUGGUGGAAAGACCGACAAGUCUUCUGAAAAUGACACUUCCGAGACGAAGACGCCUGCUCAGAUCGUUUUCUCUAUGCCCGCGUACACCCACAACCUCGGAUCCUUCCGUGAUCGCCAACACAAAGAGCCAGUCUCGUCCGUCUUUGGAUUUGACUCUGAAGAGUUCACACGCCAGUACAAGGAGCGACUGAUGGCAGAAAUGCCAGAAAGUGUCAAGCUUGAGCCAUCGGAUCUCUCGAAGUAUACCGCCAGGAUCAUCCAACCAAAGGGAAUGAGCGAAUCCACUCAUCAGAUCCCCCGAAAGCCGGCGCCGGCUAAUAUCCCUGAAGGCUGGACAGAUGUGUCGCGCGAUAUGAGUGAGAACCAAGAGGGUUUUGCGCCAGACGACGUCGAGAUGGGAGACGAGGUGGACGCUAGUGAGGAGGACAUGUCGGAAACUGCUACUCUUGCUUCUGCCGACUCUGACGAAGGCUUCGUUGCUGUCCACAACGAGGAAGUGGCUCUGAGCGAGCCCAUGCUGGGAACCGAGCUCGUUGAGGACCAUAUUGGCGCCUAUGACCGACCCCUCGCUGCCACCCAAGGCGACGAACACUCUGAAUCAUGGGACUUCUCCUCGGAAUGCUCUGACACUGGUGAUGAAUUGCUCUCCUGGACUCCCCCUCCAGCAGCGCACCGCUCCCUGAUUGGCCUCCUCUCCACACUUAGUUUUGCCAUCGAGAUCACCAUCUCCGACGCGCCUGCAGACGAUGCCACGUCCCCCGACGGCGCUACACCCGAUUCGGCUCGCGUCGAGAGCUUGAAAACCAUCCUCGCAUGGAGCUCUACCCUUAUGGAGACGACUGUGUCUGACAGUGAAUGGGGAUACUAUACGUUGAGGCUCUUGAUGGACAUGGCGAAACACUCGACGAGGUGGCCGCAGGAUAGAGAACAGUUGGAUCUUGAGAGCGGUAUAGACGAGAUCAAGGAAUACAUGACGCGGGUUGUGGGGUUGGAUGGAAAGCCCAUCGCUCAUAAGAGUCACGAAGGUACCGAAGAUGGAAAGAUCCAAGUCGUGAAUGUAGUCGACAAGUAUGGCGUGUCUGACGGGUAG